UCCGUAACUGCGACAUUGGAUGACGUAGCGCCCGAGGAGGAGUUCCUGCUAAUCCAAACAUCGACGAAGCAGCGUCCACAGCUAUUUAUCUACAACAAAUUCGUUGUACCUCAUCGCCUAAUUAACAGUAUGGCUGCUCAGAAGAUAAACGAAGCCCACGAGCACAUAGCCAAAGCGGAAAAAUGCUUAAAGACAAGUCUGACAAAGUGGAAGCCCGAUUUUGACAGUGCUGCGUCGGAAUACGCCAAAGCAGCUGUGUGCUUCAAGAAUGCCAAGCAGUAUGACCAGGCAAAGGAUGCUUACCUGAAGGAAGCUGAAUAUCACACAGAGAACAAGACGCUUUUUCACGCUGCAAAGGCCAUUGAACAGGCUGGUAUGAUGAUGAAGGAGCAAAAGAAGAUGCCAGAGGCCAUUCAGUACAUAGAGAAAGCCUGUAUGAUGUACAUGGAGAAUGGGACUCCUGACACUGCUGCCAUGGCUCUGGACCGCGCUGGAAAACUGAUAGAGCCUAUAAACCUUGAGAAAGCUGUGGACCUGUAUCAGAAGGCAGCUGGCGUGUUUGAGAAUGAGGAUCGUCUACGUCAGGCAGUUGAACUGCUGGGAAAAGCCUCCAGACUUCUGGUCAGGUUAAAAAGGUUGGAUGAAGCAGCAGUCGCUCUGCAGAAAGAGAAGAACAUGUACAAGGAAAUUGAGAACUUCCCCAUGUGCUUCAAGAAAACUACUGCUCAAGUGCUGAUUCACCUCCACAGAGGGGACUACGUAGCAGCUGAUAAGUGUGUCAGAGAAAGUUACAGUCUGCCCGGCUACAGUGGAAGCGAAGAUUGCGUUGCCAUGGAGACGCUAUUGCAGGGCUACGACGAGCAGGACGAGGACCAGGUGUACCGCGUGUGCAACUCACCUUUGCUGAAGUACAUGGACAAUGAUUAUGCCAAGCUGGCUAUUUCCCUGAGGGUACCUGGAGGAGGAGCAAAGAAGAAGAAGGCUGCAGCAGCUCCACAAGGCGGCACUAGCGGGGCACCAGCUCCUGCCGAGGAGGAGGAUGAUUAUGAGGGAGGGCUGUGUUAGCCUUCAGCCUCCGACUCGACCCAUCUGCUACUGCACCACUGCACCCCUCUGUGUACGAGUUAAAAACCUUGACAGACCCCGUCAGCUCUGAAACCCACAUGUGUGGCUGUUUGAUCUUUAUUGUGCAAAAAAGAAAAAUUAAGAAAAAAGCUAAUGUAAAACAGUUACAGGUGGUGUUGCAGAAGAGUCGGUUCAUUUAAGAAGCCUUUUAAUUUGUGUUUGUUCGAGGUGGAUCCUCAGUGUAAUGAAAAAUCUUUAAUGUUCAAUAAUGUAUGAAAGCUUGUUGUAUGUGAGUGUUCUAUUAUUUCUUGUCUGUGAAGCUGUAAAUUCUGCUGUUAUAGUUCGUGGGUAGAGUCUUCAGAUUGCCAUAGUUAUAUUAAAAUCAGAAACACUCUAAAUAUCCUGGAAUGGGUUGAUCGACGUAUAGGUGUUUUAUUUGUACAGAGUUAAUUUAUUCAGUAUUCGUGGCUGCGGCCUGUUGAAAAUGUUACUGGAACAAUAUAUGCAAUCGGUUUGUUAAUGCAUGUCUGGAACAACGGCAAAUCAAAGCUAUGAACUUGUGAUUAUUAAUGCUUAAAAAUGAUCGGCACUAUUGUCUUCAGCACUAGCCCUUUUUGGAGUUAUUAAAAUUUGUUUAAAGAACAGCACAGUUCCUGAUGGCACAGCUUGUAGCCAUCAUAGACUGUUUUGUUCCUCUACCUCGAGGUGUGUGCAUCAUCUUCAACCUUUAAACUUAAAAAUAAUAAUGGCUGUGUCUUCCAACCUAAAACAUAAAAAAAGGGAUCAUGCAGUGGUGUGUUCAGUGUUCCCAUUGAUUUCCUUCUCAAUGCUGAAUUUGUGUAUUUGUGAUUUAGCUUGCUGCACACUGUAAGAGGGAGACUAUUGAGAUAAAUUACAAGCCAAUUACAUUUGAUUCUGAUACCACAUGACUAAAGCUGAUAAAGGGAUUGUUUACAUUUUUAUUUUUUUUAUUUUUGUUAUUGCCCACUUCUUGGAUAUUCCUCGAAAGCAUAUCUCCAAACUUUGCACAUGCAUCAAUAAACAUUUCCAGUGUGUGGCAUUA